GCUGGCGCAACAACGUGCUUUCAGGGUUUCCGGAAAUAACAAAUUUUCACGUAAAUACGGCGUGCUCUGUGGACAACCAAAACACAGCAAAGAUGCCAGCGGGAGGAAAGAUCAAUCGUCCAAGGAAGAAGUCCAACAGAAAACAGCAAAUGAAACAGAGUAGAAAAAAUAGUAUGAAGAAAAAAAUGAGGAAUCGAUACAAACAGGAUGGCGACAUAGUAACGGUAGACCAAAUGAAAAGAUUAAGAACCAAUCCACAUGCAAAUGUCCAACUGUCCGGGAAGAAGAAAAGAAAACUAUUAAAAGGUUUGAUGAGAACACAGAAAGAUCGAGACUCGAUGGAUGUGGAUUUUGUUUCUCCUAAACCGAAGACAACAACUCCCAAGUCAGAGAAAAGCUCAGCCGACAAAGAUGUGGAAAUGUCUGAAAACAAUUCGUAAUUGUUUGGAAUACGCUCAACUCUCGUUUUUUCAUGAUAUAUUCUAUUUAUGUCAAAUAGUGAAAGUGAAUUCAUGAAAUACCAUUAUUAAUCUUUGGUAUUUGUGUUAUGAAAUAUGAAAAUAAAUACUACAUAUACUUUAUAAACUAGACA